CAGUACAACCAACCUUGUUAACAAAAAAAAAAGGUUCUCUGUCUUGUGACGGUAGUGGGAGUGAUCACAUGACAACCUCAUCCCAGACGCAAUAAUCAACGACAGCGCUGUUAAGGAAUGGAUUUUUAAAAAGACUUUUAACGUAUUUAGUCUGCAAGGUAACCGCGGUAUCAGUGAAGUGACUGGCAUCUUGGAGUUAAACACAAUAUAUUUCACUUCUCAGAUUUCCGUGGAGGAUGCCACCAAAAAGAAAGAGAGUAGAGAGAUCAGCGAAAUUAAAUACCGAACAGGAAGAGCCAGCUGCCAAACCAGCCAAGAAGGAGCCACUACCAGAUGACUCCCCUGAAGAUGCUGCUAAGGAGACUUCCUUAAGAAGCAGGAAGAAGCCAGCAGCAAAGACCUCUGGGAAGGAGACGGACAAGAGUAAAGCAGCCCCGGGUGAUAAAGUGCUCCACAGCUACUGGCUGAUGAAGUCAGAACCUGAAAGCCGCAUUGAAAACGGCGUCGAUGUCAAGUUUGGAAUUGAGGAUCUGAAGGCUCAGCCCAAGCAGACUGGGUGCUGGGAUGGAGUUCGGAACUACCAGGCUCGCAACUUCAUGAGGGAUAUGAAGGUGGGGCAGCUGGCUUUCUUCUACCACAGCAACUGCAAAGAGCCCGGGAUAGCUGGACUCAUGAAGAUUGUCAGGGAUGCCUAUGUGGACCACACUCAGUUCGACAAGAAUGACGUUCACUACGAUCGGUCCAGCAAGGAAGACAACCCCAAGUGGUCCAUGGUGGACGUGCAGUUCGUCAGGAUGAUGGAACGUUUCAUCCCUCUGGCUGAGCUGAAGAAAUACCACCAUGAACACAAGAGCAAAGGGGGACCCCUGAAACACAUGGCUCUGUUCACCCGGGCUCGGCUCUCCGUGCAGCCGCUCACCAAAGAUGAGUUUGAUUUUGUCCUGAGUCUGGAAGAUAAAAAGCCACUUUAAACCCUGUGUUGAAUGCCAUUCUCGUAACCGCAGGAGCCCGAGCUGAAGAUGAAGACAGCAUUGUUUUUAAUGGAGUUAAUGUGAUCCCAGUCCAGUAGAUUCUUGUUAAUCUGAGCCAUGCCAGAAUGCAACAUGUGCAAAAACUGCUGUAGAAACUGAAUCACCACACAGGUACAUUUAAAUAUUACUGCAAAAGUGUGACCUGCAGGUGCACAGUGCAGCCCAGGUGACCAUUUGAAUUUAACAGAAAUCACUGAUCUGAAUAAGGACCAGUCCCACAUUUCAGUCUAGUGUGUGACAGAUCUGUAAUGUAUGUGAAGUAUAGAGGUUCGGCUCCCAAGACUGCUGUAGCACAUACACUGUAAACUUGUCUCAAAUGCGACAGUAAAGGCUAUGUUAAGCUAUCCAGUCCAAAUUUUCAGAUACCUUUUUUUCUUGCCUGUUUCUGUUUUGCGUGUUUGUGUUUCAGGUGUUUUUUUAAACCCAUUCAUUCAAAUAUAAAGACGUACUCCAA